AUGGGUUUAGCACUUCACGACUCAGCUUCCGAGCUUGCACACCUCGCCGAGCACCGGCACCUGCCACCGGGCCCGGCCCAUGAGAAACCCAGUUCCCGGCUUGAGAAAGACAAAGCGGACUUGUGGCGUCUGCGUUAUGAGUCUGCCCAGAUAUUGAGCUAUCCCAAGCCUCGCGAGCUGCGCCCAUAUCAACUCGCCGCCCUCGCAGCAUAUCACCGCUCAGCACCGGCUGGGAAGGACGCUCUUGUCCGCCGCUCCUACCUGCACAACCAGGCCCGCCGGGGAUGGGAGGGCGAGGACGAGGAGGGCCGGGACUUAGCCCACAGUAGCGUCCCGCUCCCCAGUGAUGGCCACAGGCGAAGGCCUCCGUCGCUGGAGCGCCAGGAGGCGUUCCGUGAUGCGAGGACUGUCAAGAGACGCGUCACCAUCGAUGAUGCUGAACUGUACCGUCUAGGUCUCCUGUAUGACGACGAGCACGAGCGCGGUUCGGGGUUCAACCUCGACGCCAUCGUCCAUGACGAGCCGGCAUACACUCUCAACAUGAGGGCCACCAAGCGAGGCAGGAAGAGGAAGUCCGACCAUGCCCACGGGCAGGCUCGCGACUUGCCCCUGAACCUGUCCUUCGCUGCGCUAGGGGACGACGAGGCCCUGGCGCGCUUUCUGAUUUCCCCUGACGAGGAGGAACUCUACACCGCCAACGACACCGAGACACACGCUUUUGGAUUAACAGCCGCUGACACAACAGCGACGCCCCUGCAGAUUGUUUACGAGCUCGAGCAUUCCCUUUUCUCUCCCGCUAUUUCCUUGCAUGAUUUACACACACUUGACAACCAGGCACCUGAUUUGAUUUCUGAUAUUUCCGACGAGGAUGACGACUGGGCAUUUUUGAACCAGAUAUGCGACGAUAAUGACGCUCCCGAACGAGGAGCACGCGACGCAGCUUCCACCAGCACAGACGAGGAGGAGAGUGAGGAGGAGGAGAGGGGCAGGAUCAGACGGCAGAACUCCGACGCCUGGAUCGUGCUGGGCUGA